GGCGGGUAUUCAGGCGCGGGUGCGCGCGCAGCUGCCGUGGCCCUGCCUGGUGCGCCCGCUGUCACCGCCAUGGCUGCCCCGUGUUUGCUGCGGCAAGGACGAGCCGGGGCGCUGAAGACUAUGCUCCAGGAAGCCCAGGUGUUUCGAGGACUUGCUUCUACGGUUUCUUUGUCUGCGGAAUCAGGGAAGAGUGAAAAGGGUCAGCCACAGAAUUCCAAGAAGCAAAGUCCACCAAAAAAUGUAGUGGAACCAAAGGAGAGGGGCAAGCUCCUAGCCACCCAGACCGCAGCUGAAUUGUCUAAAAACUUUUCUUCACCCAGUUCUUACCCGCCAGCUGUGAAUAAGGGCAGGAAGGUAGCUAGUCCCAGUCCCAGUGGCAGCGUGGUAUUCACAGAUGAAGGGGUUCCGAAAUUUUUGUCAAGAAAGACUUUGGUAGAGUUUCCACAGAAAGUUCUGUCUCCAUUCAGAAAACAGGGCUCUGAUUCAGAAGCUCGUCAGGUGGGUCGGAAAGUGAUGUCGCCUUCGUCUUCAUCCUCGUCCAGCUCCUCUGAUUCUGAAUCUGAUGAUGAGGCUGACGUUUCAGAGGUCACUCCUCGAGUGGUGAGCAAAGGCAGAGGGGGGCUUCGAAAACCAGAGGCCUCUCAUUCCUUUGAAAACAGAGCCCCCCGAGUUACAGUAUCAGCAAAAGAGAAAACCUUGCUGCAGAAGCCGCAUGUGGACAUCACUGAUCCAGAGACGCCCUACCAGCCAAAGAAGAAAGGGUCCCCUGCUAAGCCAUCAGAAGGCAGGGAAAAUGCGAGACCAAAAACCACAAUGCCCAGAUCUCAAGUAGAUGAAGAGUUUUUGAAGCCAAGUUUAAAGGAAAAACAAUUGCAGAAAACAUUUAGAUUAAAUGAAAUAGAUAAAGAAAGCCAAAAGCCAUUUGAAGUUAAAGGACCCUUACCUGUCCACACAAAAUCAGGGUUGUCUGCGCCACCGAAGGGCAGCCCAGCGCCUGCUGUGUUGGCAGAAGAGGCCAGAGCAGAGGGGCAGCUGCAAGCCAGUCCUCCUGGGGCGGCAGAGGGGCACCUGGAAAAACCUGUGCCAGAGCCCCAGCGCAAGGCGGCCCCUCCCCUGCCCAGAAAGGAAACCUCAGGGACGCAGGGAAUAGAAGGGCACCUGAAGGGUGGAGAGGCAAUCGUGGAAGAUCAGAUACCACCAAGCAAUUUGGAGACAGUUCCUGUUGAGAAUAACCACGGUUUCCAUGAAAAGACAGCAGCGCCGAAGCUUGAGGCCAAGGGCGAGGCCAUGGAAGAUGCAGCCGCGCCAGGGGACAACCGAGGCGGCACACAGGAGCCAGCCCCAGUGCCUGCUGAGCCGUUUGACAACUCUACCUACAAGAACCUGCAGCAUCAUGACUACAGCACGUACACCUUCUUAGACCUCAACCUCGAACUCUCAAAAUUCAGGAUGCCUCAGCCCUCCUCAGGCCGGGAGUCACCUCGACACUGAGGGCCCUCGGUGUGAAGGUGAACCUUCCACCGUCUUCACUGCAUCCUGGAGUGCAAAAAUAAAAUCCACUCAAUAGUCACAAGGCCCACUGUGCAUAAUCGGUUUCACUUUUACCUUUUUUUUUUUUUUUUUUUUGAGACAGGGUCUCACUCUGUCACCCAGGCUGGAGUGCAGUGGCACAUUCUCGGCUCACUGCAACUUCCGCCUCCUGGGUUCAAGUGAUUCUCCCACCUCAGCCUCCCGAGUAGGUGGGAUUACAGGUACUCACCACCAGGUCCAGCUAACUUUUAUUUUUAGUAGAGACAGGGUUUCACCAUGUUGGCCAGGCUGGUCUCGAACUCCUGACCUCAGAUGGUCUGCCCUGCCCCCCUCCACCUCCCAAAGUGCUGGGAUUACAGGCGUGAGCCACUGCACCCGGCCACUUUCACACUUUUUACAGUGAGUGGUGAAUCAGCAACAGUAACACUGAUUAUCCAACAUAUAUUUUGGAAUAUCUACUAUGUGCAAGGAAUUUUUCUUAAACUCUAAGGUUAUGAAUCACUGGGCAAAUCCAUAUAAUUUUAAGUGCUUUAGAGUGGUGUGAUUCUACUGUGCUCAGUCUAGUCAAUUUAGCAUUAAACUGAUUAUCAGCUGAGUAUCAAUAAUGUAAUAGUGACUUCUUUUAUUUUUUUUGAGAUGGAGUCUCUGUUGCCCAGGCUGGAGUCCAGCGGCACAAUCUCGACUCACUGCGACCUCCACCUCCUGGGUUCAAGUGAUUCUCCUGCCUUACUUAGCCUCUUGAGUAGCUGGUACUACAGGCUUGUGCCACCAUGGCUGGCUAAUUUUUUUUGUAUUUUUAGUAGAGAUGGGGUUUCACCAUCUUGGCCAGGCUGGUCUUAAACUCCUGACCUCGUGAUCUACCUGCCUCGGCCUCCCAAAAUGCUGGGAUUAUAGGCGUGAGCCACUGCACCCAGCCAGUAAUAGUGACUUCUAAUCCUACAGCCCUGGUUUUUGGUCAUUAGAAACAGAAGUUUUGGCCAGGUGCAGUGGAUAAUUCCUGUAAUCCCAGCGCUUUGGGAGGGCGAGGCUGGUGGAGCACCUGAGGUCAGGAGUUGAGACCAGCCUGGCCAACAUAGUGAAACCCCAUCUCUACUAAAAAUACAAAAAUCAGCCAGGCAUGCUAGUGGGUACCUGUAAUCCCAGCUACUCAGGAAGCUGAGGCAGGAGAAUCAUUUGAACCUGGGAGGCGGAGGUUGCAGUGAGCAAGAUCGUGCCAUUGUACUCCAGCCUGGGCAACAGGAGUGAAACUCAAUCAAAAAAAAGGAACAGGAAUGUUACUAAUUUUAACUACUGCAUUGCAAACGAAUUGUAUUGCAGUAUUUUACCAUCAGAAAAGGAAGGGAAUUGUUUCGUUUGCCUCUGUUAGAUAUUUUAUAUAAACUUGAGGACAUUUUCAUUGGUGAGAUUCGGAAGAGGUGAAGUUUCGUGCAGUACAGGGACGGAGUAGGAAGAGGUGAAGUUUCGUGCAGUACAGGGACGGAGUAGGAAGAGGUGAAGUUUCGUGCAGUACAGGGACGGAGUAGGAAGAGGUGAAGUUUCGUGCAGUGCAGGGACGGAGUAGGAAGAGGUGAAGUUUCGUGCAGUGCAGGGACGGAGUAGGAAGAGGUGAAGUUUCGUGCAGUGCAGGGACGGAGUAGGAAGAGAUGAAGUUUCGUGCAGUGCAGGGACGAAGUUGCUCCCCGCUGGCCACAGGCACUCAGUGAGCUAUUUUACCUAUUUAGGGUUUCUGGGUUGGCCAAGUAACCUCCCAUCUCUUGUGAUAGAUAACUUUAAGUCACACCUUUGGGGGCAAUGUGGGGGGCUCCUGUGCAUCACAUGGAGCACACUCCCCCAGCACUCUGCAGAGACAGACCCCCAGUCUGACUUAGAGAAAGUAACCAAUGUAGGUGAGGGCCAGGGCACAGUGGCUUACGCCUGUAAUCCCAGCACUUUGGGAAGCCAGGGCGGAUGGAUCACUUGAGGUCAGGAGUUUGAGACCAGCCUGGCCAACAUGGUGAAACCCUGUGUCUACUAAAAAUACAAAAAUUAGCCGACUGUGGUGGUGCGUGCCUGUAAUCCCAGCUAUUCAAGAGGCUGAGGCAGGAGAAUCGCUUGAAGCCGGGAGGCAGGGUUUGCAGUAAGCCGAGAUCAUGCCAUUGCACUCAGUCUGGGUGAUGGCGUGAGACUGCAUCUCAAAAAAAAAUUUUUUUUUUAGAUAUCAAAAUUGAAAACUAGUAUUGUGGUCAUCUGCCUCAGAUUGUGUUACCACACGGGAGACUUAGCAACUCAGCCAGAUUCUUCUAAACACAUUUUUUAUAAUAAAAGUGGUAAAACUACAUUGUCAAAAAGAAAAUAGUAAACUUACCUAAAAUCCACUAUGCUAACCCAGCCUUUUUUUUGAGACAGCCUCACUCUUGCCCGGAGGAGUGGUGCGAUCUCAGCUCACUGCAGCCUCGUCCUCCCAGGCCCAAGCAAUCCUCCCAUCUCAGCCCACUUUGUAGCUGGGACUGUAGGCACUGGCCACCAUGCCCACCUAAUUUUUGUAUUUUUUGUAGAGACAGGGUUCAAGAGAUCUGCCUGCCUCAGCCCCAGAAAGUGCUGGGAUUGCAGGCGUGAGCCCCCAUGCCCAGCCAUUAACAUCUUACAGGAUUCCCCAGUGGUGGUGGUAGGUGUAACCAUUUUAAUGUACCUACAACUUUUCUAUCCUGCUAUUUGCAUUUUUUGGUUUUUCAUUUAAUAGUUCUCAAGCUGGGAUCCGUGGAACUACUGUGAUGGCCGGUGAUGCUUUGGAAAUGGAAAUUCCCUUAAUAUUAAAAUGAACAUGAAUAUA